AUGAAUUCCGUAAAGAAGCUGCCGUUGACGGACGAGUGCCACCAUUGGAGGCGUUUGGGCGAGGUUCCGUGGGAUCUUCAAAAAUACUGGCAACAACGGCACACCAUAUUUCCAAACUACAAUGAGGGCAUAUACAUGACUGACAGUGCCUGGUACGGCGUAACUCCCGAGCCCGUGGCCACGCAGAUUGCUUGGGAACUUCCUGGAACCGUAUCCGACGACAAGACUACCAUUAUCGACCUGUUUGCUGGCGUGGGAUCAAAUGCCAUCGCGUUUGCACUAUCCGAACGCUGGGAUAAGGUCAUUGCAUGCGAAAAAGACCCGGCUACACUUGCGUGCGCUCAACAUCAUGCUCAGCUGUGUGGCGUGGGCGAUUCUAUUACCUGGGUAAACGGCGACAGUUUCGAGUAUCUUAAGCUUCUCAACUCUUCUCCCGCAAUUCUGGGCGACGACAUUAGGGUGGAUGUCGAGAAGACAGUCCUUUUUGGUUCGCCGCCCUGGGGAGGCCCAGGUUAUGUGACCGAUGAAGUCUUCGACCUUAGCACCAUGGAGCCAUAUAAUCUCGAAACCAUGCACGAGGCAUACCGAAAUAUGGAUCAUGCUCUCUACCUGCCACGAACUAGCGAUCUCAGGCAAAUUGCUCAGUUGGUUCCCGACGGGACCAAGAUUGAAGUUGUGCAAUAUUGCGUACAAGGCGCAAGCAAGGCUUUGGUUGCAUAUCUACCCGCGCAACCAAGUGAAAGAACAAUGAUGGGCGAAGACACGACAAUGGAUAUCGAGGCAUGA